UGCACUAAUAAUUCUCUCCAUGUGUCUUAGGUCAGUGUCUGCAGGCCUCAACUCUCCUGCUAAGACCAACUCCAUGGAAAAGAAGCUUCAUCUUAAAAGCAAAGAAUUACAGGACACUCAAGACAAAUGCCAUAAGAUGGAGCAGGAAAUCUCCAGGUUCCAGCGCAAAAUGACUGACCUGGAGUCAGUGCUCCACCAGAAGGAUGUGGAGCUGAAGGCGUCCGAGACUCAGAGAAGCAUCCUUGAGCAAGACCUCGCCACCUACAUUACUGAGUGCAGCAGCCUGAAGCGAAGCCUGGAGGAGGCACGCGUCGAGGUCUCCAGAGAAGAUGAUAAGGCCUUGCAGCUGCUGCACGACAUCAGAGAGCAGAGCAACAAGCUGCAAGAAAUCAAGGAACAAGAGUACCACGCCCAGCUGGAGGAGAUGCAGGUGACCAUCAGACAGCUGGAGGAGGACCUUUCAGCUGCAAGGCGUCGCAGUGACCUCUAUGAAGCCGAGCUGAGAGACUCCAGACAAACAAGCGAGGAGCUUAAAAGAAAAGCAGUGGAAUAUCAACAGAGAAUCCAAAAGGCCAAAGAGCAAGGAAAAGCUGAAGUGGAGGAGCUUCUUUCCAAACUUGAGAAGACCAACUCUGAGCAGCAGGUGAAAAUCCAAGAGCUCCAAGACAAACUUUCUAAGGCAGUGAAAGCGAGCACAGAAGCCACAGAGCUGCUGCAGAAUGUCCGACAGGCCAAAGAGCGACUGGAGCGGGAUCUGGAGCGCCUGCGAGGGAAAACCGACUCCAGUGAUACUUUGAAGCGUCGUCUGAGAGAGACAGAGCAGGAGGGCAGGAAGACACUAGAAAACCAGGUAAAGAGGCUGGAGAUGGUGGAGAGGAGGGAGAACAAGCUGAAAGAUGACAUUCAGACCAAAUCCCAGCAAAUCCAGCAGAUGGCUGAAAAGAUCCUGGAACUAGAGGAAAACCUGAGAGAUGCCCAGUCAACAGCCCAGAGGAUGGAAACUCAGCUGGUUCAAAAAGAGCGGCUUUUUGAAGAUAAGAUCAAGGUUCUGGAGUCCCAGAUGAAGGCAGACAUGGCUGAGAAGGAGAGCCUGGAGGCCAAAAGGGCACAGCAGGAGGAGGAGUCCAGGGAGAACUGCAAACUAAUUAGUGAACAAAAAGCUACCAUCAAUGCUAUGGAUUCCAAGAUGAAGAACCUGGAGCAGCGCAUCGCUGAGCUGUCAGAGGCUAACAAGCUAGCAGCCAAUAGCAGCAUCUACACCCAGAAAAACAUGAAAGCCCAGGAGGAAAUGAUCUCAGAACUUCGUCAGCAGAAGUUUUAUUUGGAAUCUCAAGCAGGCAAGCUGGAGGCUCAGAAUGCCAAACUAGAGGAGCACCUGGAAAAAAUGAGUCAGCAGGAGCAAACCAGGAGAUCCCGCUUGAUGGAGCUGGAGAGCAGGCUUCGGGAGAUGGGCCUUGAACAUGAAGAAGAGAAGUUGGAGAUUAAGAGACAGGUGUCGGAGUUGACCUUAUCCCUUCAAGAGCGUGAAUCCCAGAUCAGCAGCCUGCAGGCUGCACGCCUUGCCUUGGAAAGUCAGCUGCAACAGGCCAAGACUGAGCUGGAGGAGACAACUGCUGAGGCGGAGGAGGAAAUUACUGCACUGAGGAACCACAGAGACGACAUUCAGCGCAAAUUUGAUGCCUUAAGGGACAGCUGCUCAGUGAUCACUGACCUGGAAGAGCAGCUCACACAGCUGAGUCAGGAAAAUGCCGAACUGAACCGCCAAAACUUCUACUUGUCCAAACAGCUGGAUGAAGCAUCUGACGAGAGGGAGGAUAAGAUGCAGCUCAGCCAGGAGGUGGACCGCCUCAGGAGGGAGGUGGCCGAUCGCGAGAUGCACCUCAACAACCAGAAACAGAACAUCGAGACCCUGAAGACAACAUGCAGCAUGCUGGAGGAGCAGGUGGUGGAGCUGGAGUCUCUAAACGACGAGCUGCUGGAGAAGGAGAGGCAGUGGGAGGCAUGGAGAGGAGCUCUGGAGGACGAGAAAAACCAAGCCGAGAGACGCACCAGAGACCUGCAGAGACUGCUGGAUAAUGAAAAGCAGAACAGGCUUCGUGCAGAGCAGCGCAGCUCCGAGUCUCGUCAGGCAGUGGAACUAGCAGUGAAGGAGCAUAAAGCUGAAAUACUGGCAUUACAGAAGGCCUUAAAGGAGCAGAGACUGAAAGCUGAAAGUCUCUCUGACACUCUCAACGAUCUGGAGAAGAAGCAUGCAAUGCUGGAGAUGAAUGCUCGCAGCUUACAGCAGAAACUGGAGACUGAGAGAGAACUGAAGCAGAGGCUGAUGGAAGAGCAAGCAAAGCUCCAACAGCAGAUGGACCUCCAAAAAAGCCACAUUUUUCGGUUAACUCAAGGCCUUCAGGAUGCCCUGGACCAGACUGACAUGCUGAAAACUGAGAGGACAGACCUGGAGUACCAGCUGGAGAAUAUACAGGCUGUAUACUCCCACGAGAAGGUAAAAAUGGAGGGCACUAUCUCCCAACAGACCAAACUCAUUGAUUUCCUGCAGGCCAAAAUGGAUCAACCUACCAAAAAGAAGAAGGGUAUCUUUGGACGGCGACGUGAAGAUGUCGGCACCACCACUAAUGGCGCCUUGGCUCAACAGGCCCAGCCGGCAGUCCCCAUGCCUUAUGGAGAUAUGAAACUUGCCCUAGAUAAGGAGCGCUCCAGGUGUGCCGAGCUGGAGGAGGCACUCCAGAAGAUGAGGAUAGAGCUACGCUCCCUUAGAGAAGAAGCGGCUCAUUUCAAAGCCCAGGAACACGUGGCUCCUUCCACACCAGCCCAGGCCCGACACCAGAUUCUCAUGUCAGCUAUCGUCAAAUCUCCAGAACAUCAGCCUAACCCCAGCAGUUUACUCAACCCAUCCACUCGCUGCAAAGAGACUUCUACUCCUGAAGAAAAGAGGAGGGUCACGUUUGAAAAAUUUGGUCGCCGUGUGAAGGAAAGAAUGCACCACAACAUUCCUCAUCGUUUCACCGUUGGCCUCAACAUGAGGGCUGCCAAAUGUGCCGUCUGCCUGGACACCGUUCACUUUGGACGGCAGGCUGCCACUUGUUUAGAGUGCCACACCCUGUGCCACCCCAAGUGUUCCCCAUGUCUGCCUGCCACCUGCGGUCUGCCAGCCGAGUACGCCACGCACUUCUCAGAGGCUCUGUGCAGAGAGAAGGCCAACUCCCCUGCUUUGCAAAUGAAGGAGGCCACUGGGCAUGUCCGCUUGGAAGGCUGGAUGAAGCAACCAAGAAAUGGCAAACGUGGCCAGCAAGGAUGGGAGAGGAAGUACGUGAUUCUGGAUGGAACUAAAUUAUCAGUUUAUGACACUGAGCCAACAGAAGACUCUGUAAAGGCUGAAGAGGAGUUUGAGCUGUGUUUACCUGAUGGCGAGGUAACCAUCCAUGGAGCUGUUGGUGCCUCUGAGCUCAUCAACACAGCUAAGUCAGACAUCCCCUAUGUUUUAAAGCUGGAAUCUCAUCCCCACACCACUUGCUGGCCAGGCCAGUGCCUCUACUUCAUGGCUCCCAGUUUCCCUGACAAGCAGCGGUGGGUGGCAGUGCUGGAGUCCGUCGUGGUCGGAAGCUGUGGAUCUAAAGACAGAGCAGAAACCGAGGCUGCAGGUGUUUCUAAAAGACAGAAGAACCUAUCGCCUCUGGUUCAGAAGCUUCUGGGCAACUCUCUGCUGAAACUGGAGGGGGAUGAUCGUCUGGACAUCAACUGCACCUUACCCCUCACAGACCAGAUCGUCUUAGUUGGUUCUGAAGAAGGCUUGUAUGCUCUCAACGUCAUUAAGAACUCUCUGACGCACAUUCCUGGACUGACAUCGGUGUUUCAGAUCCAGAUCCUGAGGGAGCUGGAUAAAUUGCUCAUGAUCACUGGGGAGGAGAGGGCGCUGUGCUUGGUGGAGAUCAAGAAGGUGAAACAGUCUUUGUCUCAGUCCCAUCUCCCAGCUCAGCCUGACCUCAAUCCGUUCAUCUUUGAAACAGUGAAGGGAUGUCACCUCUUCUCAUCUGGAAAGAUCGAUAAUGGACUCUGCAUCUGUGCUGCUAUGCCUAACAAGAUUACAAUCCUGCGACAUAACGAAAGCCUCAACAAGUUCUGCAUCAGAAAGGAGAUUGAGACAUCAGAGCCAUGCAGCUGUAUCCACUUUACCGGAUACAGCAUCAUAAUCGGCACAAACAAGUUCUAUGAGAUCGAGAUGAAGCAGUAUGUGCUGGAAGAGUUCUUGGAUAAAAACGACGUAACUCUAGCUUCAGCUGUCUUCGCCGCGUCCUCCCACAGCUUCCCCAUCUCCAUCAUCCAAGUCACCACAGCCCCUCAGAAGGAUGAAUACCUGCUCUGUUUCCAUGAGUUUGGUGUGUUUGUAGAUUCAUACGGCCGCAGGAGUAGAACAGAUGAUAUCAAGUGGAGCCGUCUGCCUCUUUCAUUUGCCUAUAGAGAGCCCUACCUGUUUGUGACCUACUUUAAUUCUUUGGAUGUUAUCGAAAUUCAGGGACAUGCUGCUCUAGGAUCACACUCUUAUGCACAUUUGGACAUCCCAAACCCACGUUACCUUGGCCCAGCCAUCUCCUCCGGGGCCAUCUACUUGGCCUCAUCUUACCAGAACAAGCUGCGGGUCAUUUGCUGCAAAGGGAACCUGGUCCAGAGUCAAGAAGGCGGAGGAGACCUGCAGCGCAACGGCUCCGGCCGCAGUCCUAACAAGCGUGGGCCGCCUUCCUACAACGAGCACAUCUCUAAAAGACUCGCCGCCAAUCCCCUGGUACACGGCGACCCGGGCACACCCCACCGCUACAGAGAGGCUCGCACAGAGUUCCGAAGGGACAAGUCUCCCAGCCGGCCGCUGGAGAGGGAGAAGUCCCCCGGCAGGAUGCUCGAGAGCCGGAUCGUGGGAUCCCCUGGCAGGGCCAUGGCUGACCCCAGGUUAGACCGUUCCCCGGGCAGGGCCAUGGCAGACCCCCGCAUGGACCGCUCCCCUGGCCGGAUGAUGGACGUCCGAAGGGAGAGGUCCCCCGGAAGGUUCGAGGAGCGUCAGAGACUUCACACUGGCUCCGGCCGCACACCCAUAAACCCUGUCAACAAGGUGUGGGACCAAUCAUCUGUUUAAGGAGCUGCCGUGCCACAAUACCCAUCAUACAAGAAGAAAUUCAUCCUUUUCAAAGAACCAGGGAGAAUGUUACAGCCUUGUGUUGAAACACUGCCUAAGCUUCAAUACCUACACAGAAAAGCCGCUGUAGCAGGUAGUAAACGUAGCACUAGACAAAAUAAAAAACAUUCCUAAGAUUAGGCUCUAUUGUCACUAAAGAAUAUCAUAAAAUCAGAUAAACCUGGUUUUUAUUAUGUUUUAACACAUUGUUGCUAUUUUGCAAAGAAAACCCAAGAUGUGAGUUUUUCCGCAUUAAGACUUGGAGGGUUUUGCUACCUUCAGACACCUUCGCACCCUUCUUACUACAACAUAAGCACAGACAUAGAAACUUUUAACCUUGAAAUAAUUUGCAGCCUCCAGAAAUAAAAGGUUCAGGUUUGUGUAAAUCAACAAUAGUAAACCUGGCUCCGCUCCUCCUUAAACACCAUAGCAACAGACCAGGUCUCCUCCAAACACAAUCAGCAUUUUAUUACAAUCAUCUUCGGCUUGGCCGUCUGUCCACACGCUGACAGAAAAGAAAAGUCAAGUACCUGGACGAACAGAAUUGCACCCUGGAAUGGCCUCAGCCCCCCUCCUCACAGGUUGACACUAAAAAACACUACCCACAGCCCCCAGCAGCGAUGGAGCAGUACCUUUCUAUUCCUUCAGAACACAAUCUGACUGUAAAUAAAUGAGACAUAAUUUUAUAUAUAUAUUCUGAGAAGGACUUUCAAGGCUGGAAAAGCUGUGUCUAUUUUUGUUAAAGAACAAAGUGAUAAAAGUGUCCUAUUAAACGUCCGAUGAGUUUUCUUUUAACACGUCCCAACGCGGCUCUAUCAAGUGGGUGAUUGUAUCUGGAUCCAGCCUGUGAAUGCACUUCCAUCCGUCCAAAGGGAAAAACCUCAGUACUGAAACAUAUAUGAAGGGUAAAAGGAAUCAUGUUGGGGUUUGAAUCAUUAGUACCUGAGCAUUUCUUUUUGUACAGUGUUCCUUACUGUUGUAUAUAGGCUGAAAAUGGAAAUAUUUUUUUGUUUUUUCUCUCCUGAUUCGUAAAUGGCAUGGAUAUGUAUACCUGAAACAAAACAGAGUCUUGUCUCUUGCUUCUGCCUCAUCGAGUUCCACAAUCUAACAACAAAGCACGUCAAUAUUAAUUACCCUGUGUGAACUUUCUGCUCAGUGAAGUUACGUGACAAUGACUAAAUCUUUCUUCCUUUUCUUUCUUUCUGGUUUCGAAACUUAACUCUUGUCAUACAGAGGAACAUCCACUUCAUUUAGACAGUUCGCCCAAAUUUCCAUCCAUGUAGCUUAGAAAGACAAUUUUAUUUCUGGAUCUCCUAAUUUUCAGUUUAUCAGUCAUGGUUCUUGAAUGUAAACAUAUGAGAUACCUCAUUUGACCCGCCCAGUAUUUCUCUCAGCAGUAAGGCACUGAGUUUGAAGACUUUCUGGAUUUUUUAUCUAAAAAGAAAAAACCCUUCCUGAAUGUAUUAAAGAAUAUGGAGCUGAUUUUACCAGUGUUUAGAAAAAUAAAGUAAUGCAACAGAUUGCACACACGUUCAGCUGGUCUUUGUAGGACUCUGUACAAAAGGUUUGCCCACCUAUUGUGAUUUUAUUUUUCUAUUUUAUCAUCUUUGUGCUUUUACAUAAUCCUAAUCAUGAUGCUCUUAUGCUGGAAAUUAUAUUGGUGUCUGCUAAAAAAAAAUGUUUAAUUAGCGUUUCCUGUAGAGAUUUUGUCACGGAGUAUUAAAUAUUAUAACCAUUGUCUUUCACCUCUAA